GUCCUCAUCAAUUUAUUUAAAGACAGGUCAACCUGUCCUGUCGAGAAGUGCUGACACAGGGAAUGUUGUGGACGAAACUCCUUAUCCCUCGCCAUGGCGCCUGCUUUGGGGUCCCAGAAAUUAAGCAAGGAUGAUGUGAAUGACAUGUUACACUUUCAGAUGAUUAACGAGCAACAAGUGGAGGACAUCAGCAUCAACUUUUUCUACAAGCCUCACACUCUCACCCUUUUGACGUUCACUGUGGCUAGCUUGAUGUACUUCGUCUUUUCCAGGUAACCCAAUAACCGUCGACAGCUCAUUUGACUUGCCAGUAGGUCUAGUGGUUGUGAUAACUUGGCCUAGCUAUCUAACCCAAAUUGUAUAAUUAAACUACAUUUUAGUCAUUUAGCAGACGCUCUUUUCCAGAGCGACUUACAGUUAGUGAGUGCAUACAUUUUUCAUACUGGCCCCCCGUGGGAAUCGAACCCACAACCCUGACGUUGCAAGCGCCAUGCUCUACCAACUGAGCUACAGGAGGCCUAACUACAGAUGAUUAGACAUUUAAAGGGAAAAUAUGCAGUUGCUACGUCCAGUUUUGGACUUAUAUGUACCCAUUGAUUCUUGAAGAAUAUAAGUUAUAAAUGCUUCAUGAGCAUAGUUCAACUGUCAUACCCCAUCAGAACCCAAAAUAUCAGCUUGUUUUACUCCAAUGUUUGUAAACAAGGUAAAUGUAAACAAACACUAUAUAGACUCAAAACAUGGUUAAAACUAUACUUUUGAUAUCAUGGAUGGUCAAUCCGUGCAUCCAUAGCUAAGAGCAAUUUCUCAAGUAAGAAUUUUGUUAGGACUGUCUGGGAGUACUCUGAGUGGGGAGGAGAAAACUGAAAACAAGCUGUUAUUGGCAGAGAGGUUUGGAACUCUCUUUCAUAUUGGUCUAUGAAAUACUUUACGGCCUGGUGUUGUCACCAGGCAGGCCAAAACUCCAUCCCACCAAAACAAGCUGAAAUUUCAGCUGCUCUUUUCAAACAGCUUUCACACUAAAAGGGCAUUAUCAUAAUUUUCAUAAUUUCACAGUAUCAUUCCAACCUCAUAGUAUGGAAAAUAUAUAAAACACAGGAAAAUCACGUUUUUGACUGCACUGGGCCUUUAAUGUUCUUUAUUGUAAUAAUAUACAAUGCUGAACAUGCAAUAAUCAAACAAACUUUUUUAAAUGUCACAUUUGACUUUUACUGUAUCAAAGUAAACCUCACUUUAUCCUCUGAGAAUAAUGUACAUAUUGCAUAUCUCAGCCAAUGCUUUUUGAUAUCAAACCCUGCUCUCUUUGCCAGGGAUGAUGCAGAUGUUGACAACAACUUUCGAGUGGGUUUCCUGUUGGUUGUCUUCUUCUUCCUCGUCAUCAGUGUCCUGGCCUUCCCCAAUGGUACUCACUCAGUCACUGCCUUGUACUUGACAAUAGCCCAGCCCAGCACCUGGUAGAAAGGGUGUGUCUGCAUGGGGUGGGUGGGAGGAAUGUUGUUCUAGUGUAGAUAAAUGGUCACAUAAUAGACAUUCAGGUCUUUCUGGUUCAUCCAAGGUCCAAAACUAGUCUUCAGCAUGGCCUCUUGCAGCUUGACAUGGUUUUGACUGUGAGUGAAUGGGAUACUCACUGCUAGCGGUUAUGCUACGUUAACUUUUGAAGUGCAGUAUAUGAGGGUUUUGGUCAAUCCACUCUGAUAAUGGUUGAUACAUGUAAAUGCAUUAUUAAUCCUCUUCAGGUCCAUUCACCAGACCACAUCCUGCGAUUUGGCGCAUGGUAUUUGGUGAGUAGGCCUACUGCACAGUACAACAAGUCACAUCGUCAGUGGAGCUCCUUUAUGGAACCAUGUCCAUGGAACUCCGCUCUGAUUGGUUCCUUCCUGUUGUUGUCAGGUCUGAGUGUUCUGUACUUCCUGUUCCUGGUCUUCCUCAUCUUUCUGAACUGGGCCCAGGUGAAGAGGAUCAUGUACUGGGUGGACCCCAACCUACGCUACGCUACCCGUGAGGCUGAUGUCAUGGUGAGUCAUUUUAAUCUCUGUAUGCUACAGUAUCCACCUCAUGCCAGACACCAUAUUCGUGAGUAGGGUGAAGUUGUCCCUAGACGCUGAUUAAGUGAUCAUAGUUUGAGUUUGGAUUCUGCACUCCACCACUCCCUAUGUGGUAAUGUUAUCCAAUGAAAUUUGCAGAAGGUAAUACCAGCUUUCUGUAAGAGGGCGAACCAUAAGACGUUGAGGACAGAGUUACCACUGAGCCUAAAGGAUUAUUCAGCAUUGGGUUAAACGAUUGGCAUCAGCCUGCCCAGCCCAUGUGGAUACUGUUGCCAUGUAUGAGGGACAGUUUCAAAAACGUUAUUAGUAAAACUGGUACUGUUAAAUAUUGACAACUUUUAUCUCAUCAUGCAAAAGCUGUGAGAUAAAGAAAAUUAAAUGGCUGUUACACUUAAAAUAAAAUUGUAUUUGUCACACGCUUCAUAAACAACUGGUUUAGACUAUCAGUGAAGUUCGGGCAGUUCCCAACGAUGUAGGGAGAAACGAGAAAUAAUAGAACAAUUAUAAAGAGGAAUAAAUACACACUGAGUAACGAUAACUUUGAAAUAUACACGUGGUACCAGUACCGAGUCGAUGUGCAGGUGUACAAGGUAAUUGAGGUAGGUAUGUACAGUACAUAUAGGUAGGGAUAAAGUGACUAGGCAACAGGAUAGAUAAUAAACAGUAACAGCAGCGUAUGUGAUGAGACGAGUUAGUGCAAAAAGGGUCAAUGCAGAUAGUACGGGAAACUAUUUGGUUAACUAUUUAACUAACUAUUUAGCAGUCUUCUGGCUUGGGGGUAGAAGUUGACCGCCUGGUAUGGAGGUCCUGGAUGUCAGGAAGCUCGGCCCCAGUGAUGUACUUGGCCGUACGCACUACCCACUGUAGCACCUUGCGGUCGGAUGCCAAGUAGUUGCCAUACCAAGCGGUGAUGCAGCCAGUCAAGAUUCUCUCAAUACUACAGCCCUGUCGAUGUGGAUGGGCGCGUGCUCGGCCCUCCGUUUCCUGUAGUCCACGAUCAGCUCCUUUGUCUUGCUGACCCCACUGCCAGGUCUCUGACCUCCUCCCUGUAGGCUGUCUCAUCGCUGUCGGUGAUCAGGCUUACCACCCACUGUCGUCAGCUAACUUAAUUAUGGUGUUGGAGUCGUGCGCGGCCACGCAGUCGUGGGUGAACAGGGAGUACAGGAAGGGACUAAGCACGCACCCCUGAGGGGCCCCCGUGUUGAUGGUCAGAGUGCCGGAUGUGUUGUUGCCUACCCUCACCACCUGGGGCGGCCCGUCAGGAAGUUGCAGAGGGAGGUGUUUAAUCCCAGGGUUCUUAGCUUAGUGAUGAGCUUGAAGGGAACUAUGGUGUUGAACGCUGAGCUGUAGUAAAUUAACAGCAUUCUCACAUAGAUGUUCCUUUUGUCCAGGUUGGAAGGGGCAGUGUGGAGUGCAAUAGAGAUUGCAUCAUCUGUGGAUCUGUUGGGGCGGUAUGCGAAUUGGAGUGGCAUACGUCCAGGGUGUCUGGGAUGAUGGUGUUGAUGUGAGCCAUGACCAGCCUUUCGAAGAUGUAAUGUCUACAAAUGUGAGUGCUACGGGCGAUAGUCCUUUAGACAGGUUACCUUGGCGUUCUUGGGCACAAGGACUAUGGUGGUCUGCUUGAAACAUAGGUAUUACAGACUGGGUCAGGGAGAGGUUGAAAAUGUCAGUGAAGACAUGCUCUGAGUAUGCGUCCUGGUAAUCCAUCUGGCCCUGCAGCCUUGUGAAUGUUAACCUGUUUAAAGGUCUUACUCACAUUGCCAGCAGCAAACCACCCUGCAUCUUACUGCUGGCUUGCCUCUGAAGCUAAGUAGGGUUGGUCCUGGUCAGUCUCUGGAUGGGAGACCAGAUGCUGCUGGAAGUGGUGUUGGAGUGCCAGUAGGAGGCACUCUUUCCUCUGGUCUAAAAAAUAAAUCCCAAUGCCCCAGGGCAGUGAUUGGGGACAUUGUCCUGUGAAGGGUGCUGUCUUUAGGAUGGAACGUUAAACGGGUGUCCUGACUCUUUGUGGUCACUAAAGAUCCCAUGGCACUUAUUGUAAGAGUAGGAUUGUUAACCCUGGUGACCUGGCUAAAUUCCUGAUCUGGUCCUCAUACAAUCAUGCCCACCUAAUCAUCCCCAGCUUCCAAUUGACUCAUUCCUCUCCCCUGUAACUAUUCCCCAGGUUGUUGCUGUAAAUGAGAAUGUGUUCUCAGUCAAUUUACAUGGUAAAAUAAGGUUAAAAUAAAUAAAAUUGGCUACAGAGAGCGUGAUCACUCAAUCGUCCGGAACAGCUGGUGCUUUCAUGCAUGGUUCAGCGUUGCUUGCCUCAAAGCGAGCACAGAAGAUAUUUAGCUCAUCUGGUAGGCCCCUAUCACUGGACAGCUCGCGGCUGGGUUUCCCUUUGUAAUCUGUGAUAGUUUGCAAGCCCAGCCACAUAUGACGAGCGUCUGAGCCGGUGUAGUAGGAUUCGAUCUUGGUCAUUUGACGCUUUGCCUGUUUGAGGGCUUAGCGGGGUUUCUUAUAAGCGUCCAAAUUAGUGUCCCGCUCCUUGAAAGCGGCAGCUCUAGCCUUUAGCUCUGUCCAGAUGUUGCCUGUAAUCCAUGGCUUCUGGUUGGGAUAUGUACGUACGGUCACUGUGGGGAUGACGUUGUCGAUGCACUUAUUAAUGAAGCCGGUGACUGAUGUGGUAAACUCCUCAAUGCCAUUAGAUGAAUCCCAGAACAUUUUCCAGUCUCUGCUAGCGAAACAGUCCUGUAGAUUAGCAGCUGCUUUAUUGGACCACUUCCGUAUUGAGCGCGUCACUGGAACUUCAUAUUUGAGUUUUUGCUUGUAAGCAGGAAUCGGGAGGAUAGAGUUACGGCCAGAUUUAACAAAUGGAGGGAGAGCUUUGUGUGUGUGUGUAUGUAUGUGGAGUAAAGGUGAUUAGAGUUUUUUCGCCUCUAGUUGCACAGGUGACAUGCUGGUAGAAAUUGAGGUAAAACGGAUUUCAGUUUUCCUGCAUUAAAGCCACUGGCCACUAGGAGCGCCACCUAUGGGUGAGCAUUUUCUUGUUUGCUUAUGGCCCUCUACGGCUUGUUGAGUGCAGUUUUAGGCCAGCAUCGGUUUGUGGUGGUAAAUAGACAGCUACGAAAAAUAUAGAUAAACUCUCUUGGUAAAUAGUAUGGUGUACAGCUUAUCAUGAGGUAUUCUAACUCAGGUGAGCAGAACCUCUAGACUUCCUUAAUAUUAGAGAUUGCGCACCAGCUGUUGUUAACAAAGACACACAUACCCUGAGCUUCCUCGAUGCCACCGUUCUGUCCUGCCGAUGUAUAGAAAAAACAUGUAUUUAUAUUUACCAUGUCCUUGUUCAGCCACGACUCUGAGAAACAUAGGAUAUUACAGUUGUUCAGAUCACGUUGAUAGGAUAGUCUUGAACUGAGUUUAUUCUCCAGUGAUUGCAUGUUCGCUAAUAGAACAGAGGGUAGAGGCGAUUUAUCCGCUCUUCGACGUAGUCUCGUCAGGUAUCCGUUAGAUUAAUUUGGAUUUUAAGAAUAAUGACUAAAGGAUUUCACCCCAAAUACAGUAUAAAUGUUAGAAUUAUCAUGUAGUGUCAAACCACUAACAGAGGGGGCGGUACUAAACAUUCAAGGGUGAAGGGGAAGGCGGAAACUGUUUAGAAAAGCCACCUAAAGGUGGGAGGAGUCAAGUUCAGGAAGUAUAAAAUCGUAUGUUUGUGUUUUUGGCGUCAGAGCUCUCCAUGAAUAAAUAUACAGAUAAUACUUGUGGGUUGUGGACCUUGAAUCAUUGAUGAUUAAAACCAGAGCCUUACAACCUCUGGUAAUGAUUCAAGCUAAGGUUGAAUUAGAGAUAGAAAUUCACGUGACAGUAUCCCACAAGCCGGCCUUCUAUGGCGCUGUCUCCUCCUUCUUCGAGUGUUCGGGAUUUGGGCCUGGUCCGCAAUAAUCAAUAUCUCUUUUGUCUCCGACUCAUUGAAGUAGAAGUCCUCAUCCAAAUCAAGGUUAGUAAUGGCUGUUCUGAUGUCCAGAAGCUCUUUUCGGUCAUAGGAAACAAUGGCAGAAACAUUAUUUGCAAAAAAAGUUAAGAUAAGUGCAAAAAAAUACACAAAAUAGCACAAUUGGUCAGGAGCCCAUAAAAUGGCCGCUAUUCCCUCCAGCGCACCAUCCUAGUCUCGCAAGGCCUUCCUUCCAAAUCUCUUUGACUCAACUAUAGGUGAGCGAAGCCUGGGCAUCCAAGGCUAGCAUCAUCAUGACUCACCAUACUGCCCAUCCACCACUGUCUUGUUACGUGUCUUAUCUGCCUCUUCUGUGUCCGUGUCUUACCUGGCACUUCUGUGUCCGUGUCUUACCUGGCUCUUCUGUGUCCUUGUCUUACCUGGCUCGUCCGUGUCUUACUUGGCUCUUCUGUGUCCGUGUCUUACUUGGCCUUUCUCCCCCUGCAGGAAUAUGCAGUGAACUGCCACAUGAUCACUUGGGAGCGGAUCCUGAGCCACUUUGACAUCUUUGCGUUUGGGCAUUUCGCGGGCUGGGUCAUGAAGGCAAUGCUCAUCCGCAGCUACGCCCUCUGCUGGACCAUCAGCAUCACCUGGGAGCUCACUGAAGUAAAUAAUAGGUGCAAGGAAGUCUGUGUUUGCAUCCCAAAUGGCACCCUAUUCCCUAUACAGUGCACCUUUUUCUUAGCAGUGCACUAUAUAGGGAAUAGGGUGUUGUUUGGGACAUGUGUCUUUGUGAAGUGCUACUCGGUUUCCGUCAACAGAUCCCAUUUAGGUUUGAAACAGUAUUUAGACUCUGAUUGAUUUGAAAUAUUCUAUUGCAUUGGCACGUUUGAGUCAGUUUGUAGCUCCCCAUUCACCUCUGUCUCUCUCUCUCUCUGUCUCUCCCCCCCUCAGCUGUUCUUCAUGCACCUGCUGCCUAACUUUGCUGAGUGCUGGUGGGACCAGGUGAUCCUGGACAUCCUGCUGUGUAAUGGAGGGGGCAUCUGGCUGGGCAUGACUGUGUGUCGCUUCCUGGAGAUGCGCACCUACCAAUGGGCCAGCAUCAAGUGAGUUCUCCUCCUAUUGGAUUCCUCCCUUCUCCUGUAGCGUUAUGACAGAUGACACAAUACAGUUCACCAGUCCCAAUUAAAAUACAUUAUUCUACUUAAUUUCUGCCUGCUCUGAUUUAGUGCGUGUGUGCUUUCUCAUCUAUGUAUGUCGCUUAAUGCCUGUACAGUAUCUCUGUGUUUAACCUUGUGUGCCUAACUGUCUGUCAACACCCAUCAGUGUUACUUCCCAGUGUGUAAGUGUACCUUUCCCUGUAUAUCUGUAUCUAUGAUGUGUCUUCAGAGACAUCCAUACGACCACAGGGAAGCUGAAGCGGGUUGUGCUCCAGUUCACCCCAGCCAGCUGGACCUACGUACGCUGGUUAGACCCCAAGUCCUCCUUCCAGAGGGUGGCAGGGAUCUACCUCUUUAUGAUCCUCUGGCAGGUGAGCUCUACCCUCUGACCUGGAAAUGAUACAUAGUAUUUAGUGCCAGGAUUAGAAGUCAGAAUCCACACAGUUUGAUGUAGUUACUCUGUGUAUAUUGACUUGAAAGUAAUUUGUGAUUGAACCCUUUUGGGAAUCAAAUGGAGUUAAACUAUUUACAAAAAUGUGUGGUGUUUUUUUUUAUGUUGAGCUGUUGGUAUGUUUUCUAUGGUCUUGUCUUAUUGAAGGUGGACUACUACAUACCUGAAGGUUAUGGGGUAGAUUGUAUGGUAUCUAACUGUGGGUACAGUGAUGUUUUAAUAUACAUGUUGCUGUACUACUACUCUUCUCCCUGUCUGUCUUUUCUCCCUGUCUGUCUUUGCUGCCUUUCCUCUAAACAGCUGACUGAGUUGAACACGUUCUUCCUGAAGCACAUCUUCGUAUUCCAGGCGUCUCACGCUCUUAGCUGGUGCCGGAUCCUCCUUCUUGGAAUCAUCACAGCUCCUACUGUGCGGUAGGGAGCCUUUCCACCACGCCACUCCGCCACUCCACACGUGUGCUCUACAUUCCAGCGGCAGAAGGGAAUUAUGACAGUUAGACACGUGCAGUCUCUUUUCGUAUAGAUGGAAUUUAGUUGGAAGAAGUUUUGAACGAUUUCUGUAAACCCUUCUGUUUAUCUUGAUGAUUUGACAGUUGUUGUUGUGAUGGCUGUAGAUAAACUGUAUUAAAUGUUUGUCUUCCUGUUCUUUCAGACAGUAUUAUGCUUAUUUGACAGACACACGGUGCAAAAGAGUGGGGACACAAUGUUGGAUGUUUGGGUGAGUCUUUCCUGUAUCCUCUAGUGGCCAUUUCCUGCUGUUGCUUAACUCCACUCUAAUCUUGCGGCCACGUCAUUGACAAACUUCUCAGAAAUGCUGUGGAUGGGAAAUUGGGUCUCGUCCAAUUUUGUUCCAAAUAUUGAUGCUGAUCUUAUCGCAGUCCUAAGCUGGUGAUUGCCCCGACUAGGCUCUGGUAACCAUGGUGACCAGACUUGCUCUCUCACUAUAAAAUAGAAAACAAUGAGGCCCUUAUAUGCCCCUGACUUCACCCCUUCAAAGUACCCUCUGUAGUCUGGUGACUAGAAUUAAGGAGGAAAUGUAUUUGUUUUCUGUGACUGUGUUUUAACAUAGUGUGAUUAACAAAAAUAUUGUUUAAUAAAAAAACAAAUUGAUAUUUUGAUAUAGAUAAUGCCUGUUGUAAAAUGUAAUUAUUGUUAGAGGUGAAUGUUUGGUGGUCCAGUGUCCGUUAACAACGGUCUCUAUCUAACCCACAGGGCCAUAGCCUUCCUGGAGGCCCUGGCGUGCGUUAAGUUUGGUCAGGACGUGUUCUCCAAAACACAAGCUCGGUCUGUGUUACAGUGGCUUCUGUGUGUGGUAAGGGCUGUGUCUCUCUCUCUGUCUCUGUCUCUGUGUGUGUGUUUUUCUAUGUGUCUCUUUGUGUGUCGCUGUGUGUGUGCAUGUGUUAACCUCCAAAACAAUCCUCCCUGCUCCAAUCCUCAUACCUCAAGUAUCCAUAACAAUGACAUGUUAUUUAGACUGUGUAAUACCAUUGGUAUGCUCUGACAUGUGACUGCUAUGUGGGUGGUACUGUAAGUGCUCCCAUUGUGUUGUCAGUGCUCUCUACAUCUCUCCUUCUCUCUCUCUCUGUAGGCCUUCAUCACACUUCUCUGUCUGUAUGGGAUGGUGCGGUAUGAGCAAAAGUAUGAGCCUGAGUUAAAGGUAAGUUUCCAGUCUAUUGCACAGAAAGGCUAUGUCGGCCUUUGUGUAGUGUAGUUUGGUCUUUCUAAUUGCUAUUUUUGCCUCUAACUGACCAUCAAGAACCAUCUUUUCUAGAGCGUCUCUGAGAGUGAUGACGGCAACUUAAUAGAGUCAUGUGGUUACAGCCCUGAUGACAUCACAGGUAAGCGUUCGACUUAAGUGGAAUGAGGUAUUUAUAUAUAUAUAUACAGUACCAGUCAAAAGUUUGGACACACCUACUCAUUCAAGGGUUUUUCUUAAUUGUUUUACUAUUUUCUAAGUUGUAGAAUAAUAGUGAAGACAUCAAAACUAUGAAAUAACAUGUAGUAACCAAACAAGUGUUAAACAAAUCAAAAUAUAUUUGAGAUUCUUCAAAGUAGCCACCCGUUGCCUUGAUGAGAGCUUUGCACACUCUUGGCAUUCUCUCAACCAGCUUCCUGAGGAAUGCUUUUCCAACAGUCUUGAAUGAGUUCCCACAUAUGCUGAGCACUUGUUGGCUGCUUUUCCUUCACUCUGUGGUUAAAAAAACAACAAAAAACAUAUUUGCUGGUGUUUGUCAAUGAGCAUAUUUCCUAUAUGUGUCCUCUUGUAGGUGAGAGAGACUCUCGGAAUAACUCAGCCAGCCCAUCUAAACGAAGGAGAGGCACUGGGAGAACCAAAGCUGCCAAUGGACACAAAGAUUAA